AUGCUAACAUUCGAGCUGUUGAUCGAUUCAACAGAAAUGAAACAAGAAGAAACACUAGAAACAGCCGAUUAUAACGAUGAACAAGAUGAAGAUGUAAAUGUAGAAGAAUUCGCUGAAGUGCCUGAUAAUAUCAUUGAAGAUGAGAUAUAUCCGUAUAAAAAAGCGUGUGAAAUUGUUCAGGUUGCUAAUAAUCAUACAUUUUCUGCUGUAAAUCGUCGAUACCGCAUCUUACCCUCACCCUUCACCCUCGUAAAACAUGGACAACAACUACGAAGAAUCAGAAAAUACGUGAAUACGCAUGGCACAAGAAAACAAAAACUUCAGCAAAUAGAUGAAUUAGUAUUUUCUGAAUUUGUCCAAGCUAGAGAAAAAUGUCUUCCAAUACAUGAUAAUGAUCUUAAACGUACAGCAAUACGAAAAGCAAAAGAUGUUAAUGUAACUGGAUUUACUGCAUCCAAGCACCGGAUUUCGAAUUUUAAACGUCGAUUUCAUAUUAUUUGUCGAAAAGUAACAAAGCUAGUAACACAACAUCAUGAAUCAACAGGAAAAUUUGAUCCAAGAGUCUUAAAAACAAUAUAUCAAGCACCAAAUAUCCACGUGACGUGCAGGAAAUCAGGAAAAUUGACAAAAUCUCAUAUUGAAUAUUGGGCAAGAAAUGUAUUAAGACCUUCAUUAAAACAGAAAUGUUCACUUUUGGUCGAUUCAUGGUUGGAGCAAACAGAUGAUGAGAGCUAUGAAAAAGCAUUUACUGACCAAAUUACUUGUGAAAGAAUGGAUAUUCCACUGAAAAUAACAGCCGACAUACAACCACGUUAUAAAUACUUAUUUAGACAGUGGAAAUACUUAAGACAGAAAUGUUUUGAUCGAGUAAUGAUUGACCAGUUACCUAUUGAUAUGCGUUCAAGAAAUAAUACUCUGAAGAUGCAUUCACUUAUACAUAAUCAAUUGGCAUCAAGAAGAUUUUGGCCAAUGGUCCAAUAUGCAUGGUAUAUCUGCGGUUAUCGCUCAGAAGAUCCUGGCAAAUUUGAAAAUAUACAAGAACUGGUGUGA